CACCAACACGGAAGUAGCAGCGGUUGUUUUGUUUGAGCAGAUUCUGGACUCUCGCCCGGCAAAUUUGAUCGGUUUUCUGUGGUCCUCUUUCCCCCCUCCCUGUCGAGUGUCCGGUGGCCGCCAUGAACGUGACGCUGGCGGUGAAGCAGUACAUCUCCAAGAUGAUCGAGAGCAGCGGAGCCGGCAUGAAGGUGCUGCUCAUGGACAAGGAGACGACCAGCAUCGUGAGCGUGGUCUACACGCAGUCCGAGAUCCUGCAGAAGGAGGUCUACCUCUUUGAGCGCAUUGACUCUCAAAACAGAGAAAGCAUGAAACACUUGAAGGCCAUCUGCUUCCUCAGACCCACCAAGGACAACGUGGAACACCUCAUCCAGGAGCUGCGGAGACCGAAGUACAGCGUCUACUUCAUUUACUUCAGCAACGUGAUCAGUAAAAGCGAAAUCAAAGCUCUGGCCGAGGCUGACGAACAGGAAGUGGUGGCUGAAGUGCAGGAGUUUUACGGAGAUUUCAUCGCCGUAAAUCCUCACGUGUUCUCCCUCAACCUGCAGGGUGUAGCCAAGGGACGCAGCUGGGAUCCGUCCACGCUGUGGCGCUGCACGCAGGGCCUGACGUCCGUCCUGCUGGCCCUGAAGAAGUGCCCCAUGAUCCGCUACCAGCUGUCCUCCGACAUGUCCAAACGCCUGGCGGAGAGCGUCAAGCAAAUAAUCACCAAGGAGUACGAGCUGUUCGACUUCAGGAAGACGGAGGUCCCGCCCUUGCUGCUGAUCCUGGACCGCAGCGACGACGCCAUCACGCCACUCCUCAACCAGUGGACCUACCAGGCCAUGGUGCACGAGCUGCUGGGCCUCAACAACAACCGCAUCGACCUGUCCAGAGUGCCCGGCAUCAGCAAAGACCUGCGCGAGGUGGUCCUGUCCGCCGAGAACGACGAGUUCUACGCCAAUAACUUGUACUUGAACUUCGGUGAGAUCGGCACCAACAUCAAGAACCUGAUGGAGGACUUCCAGAAGAAGAGACCGAAAGGCCAGCAGAAACUGGAGUCCAUCUCGGACAUGAAGGCCUUCGUGGACAACUACCCGCAGUUCAAGAAGAUGUCGGGCACCGUGUCCAAGCACGUGACGGUGGUGGGCGAGCUGUCCCGGCUGGUGGCCGAGCGGCAGCUGAUGGAGGUGUCGGAGGUGGAGCAGGAGCUGGCCUGCCAGAACGACCACUCCAGCGCGCAGCAGAACGUGCGCCGCCUGCUGCAGAACCCGCGCCUCUCCGAGCUGGACGCCGUCCGCCUGGUGAUGCUGUACGCCCUGCGCUACGAACGCCACAGCAACAGCAUCCUGCCCAGCCUCAUGGACGAGCUCAGCAGGAGAGGCGUGUCGGAGAGGCACCGCAAGAUGGUCCAAUGUGUGGUGGAGUACGGCGGCAAGAGGGUUAGAGGGAGCGACCUCGUCACGCCGACAGACGCCGUCGCCAUCACCAAACAGUUCUUCAAAGGACUCAAGGGCGUGGAGAACGUGUACGCGCAGCAUCAGCCUCUCCUUCACGACACGCUGGACCAGCUGGUCAAAGGUCGCCUGAAGGACAGCCAGUUUCCGUAUUUGGGAGCCAGCAGCCUCAGAGACAGGCCUCAGGACGUGGUCGUGUUUGUGAUUGGAGGGGCGACUUACGAAGAAGCGCUCUGUGUUUACAACAUGAACCGCAACACACCCGGCGUUCGGAUCGUGCUAGGAGGAAGCACCAUCCUCAACACCAAGAGCUUCCUGGAGGAAGUGAUGUCAUCGACAAGCGGCGGCGAGCGGCCGCAGGGCGUCGGUCGCCAUGGCAACAGACGCUGAGCGUUCGACGGACACGGCGGCAUUCGUUCCCACGUUGAGUGUGCGACAUUUCCAGCGUCCAUCUUGACUGCCCUGCAUUAGUCCUGGCGCGGCCACACAGGAAGUGGAGAAGUGGGGACAGGAAGUGUUAAGUGUGCUAUGGCUGGAAGGCAGCAACACUGAAGAUGUUCUUAUCACUUUCAUGUUAUUGUCUUUGUUCAAAUAAAUGUAUGCAAAGCUUGUCAUUUAAACAUGAAUAAAAUGGAAAAACUC